UUGUCCCUGCUCGGGACAGAAGCCAGGGACCACACCCUUCCCAGCUACAGCCUCCAGAGAUGCGCCUGGGUGGACUGCUGAGCUGUGAGAGAGACAGAGUUACUGAAUACAACAUACUAGAGUGUUGCUAGAGCUGUCAUCAUGGCGAACAGAGGGCCCAGCUACGGACUGAGCCGAGAGGUGCAGGAGAAGAUCGAGCAGAAGUACGACCCAGACCUGGAGCAGAAGUUGGUGGACUGGAUAGUUGCACAGUGUGGAGGAAACCUGGAGAGACCACAGCCGGGCAAACAGAACUUCCAGAAAUGGCUGAUGGAUGGAACAAUCCUUUGUAGACUUAUCAACAGCCUUUAUCCACGGGGGAAGGAACCCAUCAAGAAGAUUCCAGAGACUCAAAUGGCCUUCAAACAAAUGGAGAAGAUCUCUCAGUUCCUGCAAGCAGCAGAAGCUUAUGGGGUGACAACCACUGACAUCUUUCAAACUGUGGACCUCUGGGAAGGAAAAGACCUGGCCGCAGUGCAAAGGACCCUAAUGGCUCUGGGGAGUGUGGCUGUCACUAAGGACGAUGGUCACUACAGAGGAGACCCAGACUGGUUCCACAGGAAAGCCCAGGGGUAUCGACGAGAAUUCUCUGAAGAGCAGCUGCGCCAAGGACAGAGUUUGAUUGGCCUGCAGAUGGGCAGCAACCGUGGGGCUUCCCAAGCUGGUAUGACGGGCUACGGUAUGCACCGUCAGAUUAUGUAGACCACUUACUAGCUAACCUGCUCCUGCGCUUCCAGACCUUAUUUUCUACUAAUGCCACAAGUGUUAUUCCCCUUAAAAAAACCCUUCCUAUCCUUUGUAACACCUGCCAUGUUAACCUCAAUUUCCCUGGAAUUGCUGCUUUUCCCAGUGUUCAGUCCUUAUCCUGAAAAACAUGAUGUCCGAUGCUGUUGAUCUCUUUCUUCUCCUCUUCCCUUGUGCCACAUGCUAGCCCCUCCCGAGCUUUGUUGACUCUGUUUUCUGACUUUCAGUGUCCAAGUGAUUACUUAAUGUGGAACUUAAAGUCAUUCAGCAUCAAUUUAGUCUUUUAAAAAAACUGAAGAUUGGAAUCUCCUUACAAAACAAGCCAUCACUGUUCUACAUAUGUUAAAUCUGAAAUACUGUAAGCCACUGUUGCAGCAUGUUGUAUGCUAUUUACUUGUAUUUAUGUAUUCUUUUAUUUAAGUUUAUCAUUGGUCAUUGUUUUAGGAUUUGGUCUGUUAUUGUGUAGUAAAUCCAAUGGCUCAAUGACUGAUGAUGUCCCUACUGUCUUGUCUGAAGACUUGUUGCAGUAUCCUCUGUAACCAAAUCAACCUCACGUUGUGCCUGGUUAUGGGACUACAGAGACUGGGUCCUAAUAUAUUGGCCUCAAAUUGAUAAAUAAGUUUAAUUCUUUCUGAGCCAUGCCCUUGUUAUUUUGUUAGAUUACAUCUUUGUCAAGAAUGUGUCCAUUGUGUGCCCAAGCAAGUAAAUCAAUGUGCAGUAGCCAACAUGUACAACCGUGAAAUUUCCAUUUCUGGUGCCAGGUAAAGACAUUGCUUGAAUGUGCACUUUUAUGUAUUGUCAUGUUUAUAUUUUUAAAUAUAUUUAUAUCUGAAGGCUUGUGAGA